AUGGCCGGCGAGAAAGAACGAAGGCUAGAAAGACCCGCAAAGUUCAGACUUGGUGUCUGGCUCAGACUCCAUGCUGUCGAUCUCAUAACCAUGGCCCUGAUGGGUGCUUUGGGUCUUGGUAUCUAUGAAGCACCUCCAGCGCCUAGCAGGUCUUUCCCCGUCUUCUUUCAAGAUGGGCAGAUAGUAUACCCACAGUUUGCUUAUCCUGUCAGGAAGGAAAUCGUGCCCAUAUUCGCUGCUGCAUUGAUUGCUUUCUUCGCGCCCUUCUUCUUCAUAUGUCUUUUCCAAGCUCGCAGACGUAGCAUCGACGAUCUAUUGACCACUACCAUGGGCCUUCUCAAGAGCCUUAUUACCGCUGCCGUCUUCCAGGUCUGGAUCAAAUGGCUCAUUGGCGGCCUACGACCUCACUUUUACGCCGUGUGUCAACCACGACUCGAUCCGUCGAGUGCCCCUUCAGGCAAUGGCUUUCAGUCUAUAAUGUAUGACAGAUCGAUAUGCACCGGCGACAAAAAUCAGAUUGACGACUCCCUCGAGUCUAUGCCCUCUGGACACUCCACUGCCGCCUGGGCAGGUCUAUUCUUUUUGGCGCUCUAUUUCAACGCACAGCUGAAGGUCAUGAGUGCUCAUAACCCAGCAUACUGGAAGAUGAUCCUCACAUUCUGCCCGCUGUUGGGUGCGACCUUGAUUUCCGGUGCCCUGACGAUCGAUGAAUUUCAUAAUUGGUACGACGUCGUUGCAGGUGCUAUCAUAGGUAUCUGCACCGCUCUUGUGGCCUUCCGACAGACAUUUGCUGCCAUAUUCGACUUCAGGUUUAACCAUAUCUUGUUACCCCGAACCACAUCCCUUUUCCAUCGCACACCCUAUUUCCCUCCCGCUACAUCUCAAGCCGCGCAAUACCCUUUCUACACAUAUCAACCAUCGCAGGAAUUCAAUUCUGCCAAUCUGCCAUUCACGCGAGAGGGUGGAUGGGGAGGGGGUCAAGAAGCAUUUGUUGGUGCACCUGGUGAUGCUACUGUUCUGGGAAGUGGAGGUGGGGGCGCAGGUUUGGGUGGCGCGUUGGGGCGAGCAGAAGCAGGAUUUGGUAAUGGACAACAUCAUACAUCACGAAUCUAA